AUGCCUGAGUCUAUCUUUGUUUCGGGAGCCACUGGCUUCAUCGCCCAGCACUUGGUUAAGCUUUUGCUCGAGAAAGGUUACAAGGUUGUUGGAACUGUUAGAUCUGAAGCCAAGGGCGACCAUUUGUCUAAGUUGCUCAACUCGCCAAACUUCACUUAUGAGAUUGUGUCAGACAUUGAGCCUGAGGGAGCUUUUGACGAGGCUUUGAAGAAGCAUCCAGAAGUUACUGUGUUCUUGCACACCGCCUCUCCAUUCCACUUUAAGGCUACCAACGCGGAGGAGGAGUUGCUUAAACCCGCCGUCAAUGGUACCAAGAAUGCUUUGAAGGCAAUUGAGAAGUAUGGUCCCCAGAUCAAGAAGGUGGUUGUUACUUCUUCGUACGCUGCCAUCUCUACUGCUGAGAAAGAAACCGACAAUACUCACACCAACACCGAGGAAUCCUGGAACGAGAUUUCUUGGGACGAAGCUAAGAAAGACCCUUACGCUGGUUACCGUGGAUCUAAGAAGUUCGCCGAGAAGGCUGCCUGGGAUUACGUGGCUGCUGAGAAGCCAAAGUUUGUUAUCAACUACGUGAACCCAUCGUUCGUCUUUGGCCCUCAGGCUUUCGAUUCUGAGCUCAAGGAUAACUUGAACACUUCUUCUGAGAUUCUCAACGGCUUCUUGAAGAUGAAGCCAGAUUCCAAGAUUCCAGGCACCAGAGGUGGCUUUGUCGACGUUAGAGAUGUUGCCAAGGCUCAUGUAGUUGCUUUCGAGAAGAACAUUUCUAACGAAAGAUUGUUACUCAAUGCUGGUAGAUUCGCUGCUCAGGACAUCCUUGACAUCUUGAACGAGAAAUUCUCUUCUUUGAAGGGCCAGAUUCCUGUGGGUACGCCAGGCGCCGGUCAGGCGGUCAACGACAAGAUGUGCAAGAUCGUCAAUGACAAGACCAAGCAGAUCUUGGGCUUCCAAAUGAUUGACUUGGAGACCACUGUCUACGAAUCUAUCUUCAACCGCGAUGAGCGUGAUGAGCUAGUUUUCAGUCGUCAGAUCUUCAAGAGAAACAAAAUCCACAGCAUAGCAGUGAAAGGAAAUAAGAUUGCAUUGGCCGGUGCUCGUUCGUUUUCUAUCGUGGAGCCAUUCAGCAAUACACCCAUUGAGGAGAAAGCCAUCAAUGAAUGGAUCAUCGCGGUCGAGUUCGUUUCGGUGGAAAGAGUCUUGCUUUUGACAUCCCACAACGAGGUCCUUGACAUUGAUAUCUCCGAAGAGUCUUCGUAUAGAUUGGUUCUGAAGAUUCACUGCAACGAAAAGUCUAUCCUUUACAGCGGCUCCAUUCGUGUCCUCGACGACUCUACGGUGUACGUCGCAGCAGGUACAGUUAUGAAUGGUGUGAUAAUAUGGAGCCUAUUCGAUAGAAAGAUUAUUCAUAACUUGACUGACCAUGAAGGCUCCAUAUUUGGUGUUAAAGUCGAUCCCACUGGCAAGUACAUCAUUUCGUGCUCAGACGAUCGGUCUGUCAAGCUCUACUCUUUCGAAGGAGAGCUCUUAGCAAGCGGCUGGGGCCACGGAUCCAGAAUUUGGUCUUUGGAAUUCUGUAAUGUUGAGGAUGGUGGUGUUCGUAUCUUUUCCGCUGGUGAAGAUUGCUCUGUCCGUAUUUGGGAGUACCGUGGUGAACCAACCUUAGAGCAGGUCUCCCUUUAUGAUCACUUCCAUUCAGGUAAGCAUAUCUGGUCUGGUGACGUGGGCAAGGAUGAAGAAGCUAUUUUUGUUACCGGUGGAGCAGAUGGAAAAGUUAGAGCAGAAAAAUUGGUCAACAACAAUAAACAGAGCCUAUCGUUGGACAGUAUUCUGAAGACCACCGAUAUCACGUUCGAACCCAAGGAUGUCAUAAAAUCAUUUGGUGUUCUUCAAGGAAUUGGUUACACUAUUAUACGAACCUCAAAGGGUGUGCUACUCCUCAAUGAUCAUCAUACCGGGAACUGGAGCAGGCCCCAUGUUAAUGGCAUCGCUCAAGAGCAGUUGGCUUCGUUCUCGAUCCUCAAAACCUUUGAAGAUGUAAGUGCAUUUACCCUUAUUUCCAGUAGCGGUGAUAUCAUCGUUAUCGGAUUUGACAUUGAAAGACAGCCUUACUAUGUUGUCAGAAAUGACUCGAGCACUUCUCCAAGAAAGAUCAUCAAUGCCUUGGGAGCAUCUAUUCCAAACAGUUCGCUCUCCUUGCUACUCAAUUCGCCCAUCCCAACAGAGCCCAUGGAGGUUGUGACAUUCACAGUUGAAGAUAGCAUAUUACAAAUGCAAAACUCUGUUAGUCUUGAAAAACCUGAUCCAAGAACCUUCAUACCCACUUCAUUCUAUGUCGAUUUUAUCAAUAACUGGAUCUUUGUUGGCUCGAGACAUGCUAAUUUUGCUUUAUACGAUGGAAGUCUUGAAGCUCAGUCUUCGCAUAUACUUUCGAAGAAGUUGUGUGCUGGAGACACAAUCACCGCCAUCGAAGCUGUUCAAUGCAAUGAUGGAGCAUCAGUUGCCCUUGUGACUUUACGUGAUGGAAUCUACAUGUUCCUAGCUGUUAAUCAAUCACAAUCGGGGUUGGAGUGUUCAACGAUUCUCAGAAAUAAAAUCACUAGAAGUAUCGAAGGCGGCUUUAUGAAAGACGGCCACCUAAUAUUAUACGGCUUCAGCUCUUCUUGUUUUUACCUUUGGGACGAGACUAAACAGAUUGAGAUUUCAAAGGAGUUUUGUGGAGGUGGCCAUAGACACUGGGAUGUCAGCAAACUGCUCACGGAACUCCAACUUAUUUUUGCAUACAUGAGCCAAAGUACCCUUAACUUGGUUGAGUUGAGAUCAAGCUGGGAUCGCUCAAAUGGUCUUUUAGUGGAAGGCACACACGGCAGAGAGAUCCGUGAUGUGGCAAUAUUAGAUACAUUGGAAUCCGAUGGAAGUCGGAUAUUCGCCAGUGCUUCCGAAGAUGCAACGGUAAAGAUAGGAAAGCUCGACAAAAAUGGGUCAUUAAACUAUCGUUGGACAAUGAAUAAUCAUAUUUCAGGCUUACAGAGGGUUGGCUUCUUGAACUCUGAAUUCCUAGCUAGUUCUGCGGCGAACGAGGAGCUUAUUAUCUGGAAAGUGACUCGACUCAAUGAUGGUCUCCUUGCUGUCAACGAGGAAAGCAGAAUCCAAACUACGGAAGAACAUCCUGAUUUGCGUAUAAUGGACUUUGCCUCUACAGAGACACAGAAUGGCUUCUGGAUCGCCACCGCCUAUUCAAAUUCCAUGAUAAAGAUAUUUUUCUACGAAAAAACUAGUCAAGUGCUCCAGGAACGUGCUCUGAUUCCUUAUGGAACUGUCUGCGUUCUCAACAUAUGCCUUGUUGAAUUUCAGGAAGCAACUUACGUCAUGACGGGAACAUCAGAUGGAAACCUAACCCUUUGGGAAGUUACUAACUUGUUUAAUGGUGAGAAUCAGACGACAUUUGAGCCUAUAAUCAAACAACAACUUCAUCAAAGUGGUGUUAAGGCCAUACAGACAAUUCUCAUGGCGAAUGACUCGUUCAAGAUCAUUACGGGAGGCGAUGACAAUUCCAUGAUAAGCUCAAAUUUACGAUUCGAGAAUGGCACAAUUUCCUUGACCACUACAUGUUUCGUCGAAAAGGCAGCGUCUGCAACUAUCACGUCCAUCUCCGGAGCAUCAGACUCAAGGAUCUUGGUCACUUCCGUUGAUCAGAUUGUCCGUGUUUGGGAUACCCAAAACGACUCGCUUGAAUGUAUCUGCGCGAAGUACACCACCGUUGCUGACACGGGUUGCAGCGACUCAACUGUUAUAGAUGGCAUCAAUAUUGGCAUAGUCGCUGGCGCUGGGCUUAGCACAGUGACGUGGAUUUAG